AUGCUCUGGUCGUUUGGUUCAGCGUCGACUAUUCUUUAACAAUUUUACACAAUACUACCGAGCAAUGAAUUCAAUACAUGUAAUUCCAURUUCACGAAGCCGAACUACGAACAUCCAAGAUCGAAGUACAGAUUUCACAUUAACUAUAUUUGAAGAAGAUUUCAUUCGUAUUCAAAAUCUAGUUAGCAAGAUACCGAAUGCGGAAACUGGAGGAAACCUUUUUGGCUUGUGGACRAAUCAAGGCAAUGCCGUCGUUCGUGUUGCUACAGGACCUGGUAAGAACUGUAAACGAAGYUGYGCAUCKUUCUACCAAGACAUACCGUACAUGAAGCGAGUCGGUAAUUUGGUCACUAAGGAGUAUGGAUUGUGCCACAUAGGCGAGUGGCACUCUCAUCACCAAAUGGAACUCUWUGAGCCAARCUYUGGGGAYUGUAAUACUGUACAACGAAACUAUCCAACAGGAUCUCAAGGAUUUAUUCUCGUGAUUGCAAAUAUCCUUCGCGGCAAUAGCAGAGUAAAGCUUUCACCUUACAAAUUUACCGACGAGCGGUCUUCUUAUAAAAGGGGAGACAUCGAAGUUUUAAGAGCAGAAAAUCCAUUCAUGAAGGUUACACAGAUAAUUAGCGCUAUCGAGAGUGGUAAAGAGGAGAGGAUAUCAUUGCAAGAAUCGUCAGGAAUAGUUGCAAAUGAAUAUACAUGUCUUCCUGAUGAAAAACAGAAUUACAAAGACAAACAUUUAAAACAAAAUUAUCCUUCUUCUAGUCCUUCCAAUACUCAAUCGCUCUUGCCAAACAAAAUGUUAGUCAGAUCAUCACCACAUGAAACACAAAUAAACCAUCACAUGAAGAAGGUUACAGACCAAGUGGAUAUAAAAGGUUUCGCGAAAUAUCCUCCUCCUCCUGCACAUCCAAAGAACUCGUCCAAGAGGUCCCCACAGAAAACUAGUGGGAUUUCUGGUCCAUCACCAUCACAAAGUAUUUUGCCAUUCAGAACAGAAAAGCUACAGCAAACUACCCCUCGCGUAACAGCGCCAAAGAGUCACAUUGCUAGUGCUUCAGUGUCAGGAGAACGAAAGCAAAGUUAUCCUGCAUUACAUUCAACAGCAAAUUCACAAGAAAGAUCCCAGGUACAAACUGAUCAUGAAGACAUAUCGCGUUAUAACCGCACAACUCAAUGGUACGAAAUACAACCAGAAACCUUAAGAAAAACCUUGGAUUUUGUGAGAUCCUUGGCUGAUGACCAGAACACAGUUAACAUAUCGAGGUAUAAGUCAACAUUGGACACGACCAUGACAUUUACACAUCAUAAUUAUGAAUGGUCAAUAUACUUUCCCGCUGACUUUCCAUGUGGAUCUGUGAAGCUAAACAAGAAGUGUGGGUCUUUUUAUGACACUUAUCAAGUAGAAGGGAGAGGGAACAUUGAUAGAUUCAAGACCGAGUUGAAAUUUAUAUUGCAAGGCCAGUGUGCGCGAUGUAAGAAUUAUAAUACCAGGUACAAUCAUAGYAACAGAUACUACUAAAAUAGUAGCGUUAAAAGAUUGUAGCGAACUGAGAAGCAAAACAGACAUUUUUGGCUUACUACUUAGGACUCUAUCAUUUUUUACACUUACAAAUACCACUUUCAUCUCAACAAACAAUAUUAAUACAUCUAAUCGUGUAAAGCUUAAAAGAUUAGGGUCGCAUACCACCUACUUUACUUCGUACAAGGGCUAGUAAGCGAAAACGCCUUAAGAAGCACCAGUAAUUAAGCAGUCUAAGUUAUAAGGAAGGACUGUUUUUUUUUUGUUUGUUUGUUUUUUGUUUUUUUUGCUUUUUAUUGUAUUGCAGUUACGAAUAUCUUUUUAAUCAUAUGCUUGCCAUGUAAAUAUAGUGUAGUAUAAUGGA